AUGGGAAAUUUUAUUGGUCAUGUGUACCCAGGGCUCUUUCUUGUCUUAUAUGGACUGUAUCAGGCAAUAGUGGUCUCCAAAGCCUUGAUAUUCAAUGACUCUCUCCUGCAUCCGUCAUGCCCUCCCAGGAAUAAGGGCAGAUGGGCCUGGCUGUGGAAAAUAUCCUAUGGAGGUUUGGUGAAGUUGGUGACUGGCUCCCUCUUGAUAGCUUAUGAGAACAACUGCAUUAAAGGAGGGUUGGUCCUGAUGGACGACGACUUUCCACCGAGGUUUAUGUAUCCCAAAGAGUGGCAGCACCUCACCAUGUUCAUCCUCCUCACCCUCAAUGGCUGUGUGGACCUCGUGAGCAAGAACUUGCUGCCUCAGAGAUGUGUGGUCCUGGAGCUAGGCAUCCGGAUCCUGACCUUCUACGUGCUCCUGCUGCUCUUGGCGUCACAUACUCAGGGGACCGCAGGGGUGGAGCUGCAGGUUCAUUCUCUGCUCAUCUUGGUGGUGUUCCUGCUGAUGCUGGUGUUGACCGCAGAACUGUGGGCUCCUGACAUGCCUCACUUCUGGCUGAUCGAGACCUUUCUGUUUCUGACAAUGGGCUCCUGGCUGAUGCAGGCAGGCUUUAUUCUAUACAGACCGAUCUCCAGUUACCCAUGGCAGGAUGAUGACAUUAAUGAUGUCAUGUUUGUCGCUACCUUCUUUUGCUGGCACGUGAUGAUCAAUGCCUCAUGCCUGUUGGGAAUCUAUGGUUUCUCCUCCUUCUGGUAUCGUUUCUGUCCCAGCUUGAAGCUGAUGAGGUACAAAGAAGCUCCAUAUCCCGUGAGCACCGCAGAGCCCCUCUACAAGUUGCUGCGGGAAGUGGAGCCGUCUGAGAAAGAUGACCAGCCUCUCCUCCUUUCAAAGGGCUCACCUUGA